AUGAGGAAACUCACCCAUCGUUUGGCUGAAUCUGAGAAAGCAUAUGAUGAGCUUAAAGUCAAGUAUAAAGAAUCUUUAACUAAAAGAAGAGAACUUACUGAGCAGUUAAUGGAAAUCACAGAAAACAACUCUUUCGAUGAAGCAGACAUGGGUGCUCUAGUUGAAGAGGUAGAGAAACUAAAAAAGUCUAAAGAAAACCUAAGAAGGGAGCUGGAAGCACUGACCAUAAGGAUGAUUCAGGAGUUGGAAAACCACAAAAAAGCUGAGGACCUUGUGAAGGACAAGGAGCAUGAGAUCUUUAAGCUAAACCAAGAAAUUGGUACUCUUACCGCUUACUUGCAAGAAGAUCUCUCCAAAGAACUUGCUGAGACAAAGGAGAUAUUUGCAAAGUUUAAUCAGAGUACUACAAAACUGGAUCAACAUCUGGAGUCUAUGAAGUCAUCAAGGGAUACCACUGGACUUGGUUAUUCUACACAAGUGGAAGGUGAAUCCUCUGGAACCAAGACCGAUGCACCAAAAGGGAAACCAGUACCUGUAAACGCCAACAAAAGAAAAGAAAAAGAAGAUGUUGAACAGGAACUUAUCAAAUAUCUAUGUGAUAAUGAUCGGUCACCUACCAACAUUAAAUCUGUUAUUUCUAAAUCUUUCUAUAAAUCCUUGAACAAUAAGUGGCGAAUUGCCAUUGAAAAGGAGCAAGCAAUUAGAGAGGAAAUUGUUGCUCAAUAUUUUCUAGAUGCUUCUAACUCUGAAUUGCUUGAGAUUCUUGAUCAGUACAAAGAUGCAUUAUAUGAUGCACCAGUUGAUACUGUACAUGACAUUCCUACAGAGAAAGAGAAGGAGAAAGAAGAAGAAGCUAAGAAGAAAGCAGAAUUGGAAGAACUGAGGAAAAAGAAAGAACAAGAUGUAAUCCAAAUUGUUAUUGACACUCUUUCCAAUCUAGUCCCUAGUACUAAUCUCUCUGGUACCGAUUCCUUGCUGGCCAAGCUAAAACUACUAUGCAUUGUAGUAGAUGAUGAGGUCCAAUCACUGGAAGCUGAUGCCCAGGCCACUGCAAGGAAAAACCAUGAAAAAGAACUGAACGUUGCACUAGUACAGAAAAUUGCUGAGGACAGGACCACACUGAUCCACCAGAAGGAUGAUAUCAGUCUGGCAAUGGCUGAAGGAAACCAUCCAGACAUACCAGCAAUAGAUCACGUAGAUAGAAGCGAAGAUCAGCAAGCGGACCCAACAUCUACAGGAGCUACAGCUACUCCUACUACCCAAGUUGCAUGUUCUUCAAAAGUUCUUUCUAAACCUGCAAGCUAUUUCUAUUACAUAGGAGAUGUGCACAAUCGAUGCCAUGGAGGAACUAGCUUUCCAGAUGAAGACCGAGAGUAA